UUGCAGGGCGGAGACGGCGCCGGGGCAGGCCGGGGGGUCGGAGCCGCGGGAGCUGCUGGGGCGGGCGGGCGGGCUGGGGCUGCGGCGGCUGCUGCUGCUGCUGCUGCCGCCGCCGGACGUGACGCGCCGCCUCCCUCCCUUCCUCCCUCCCUCCCUCUUCCUCUGCCGGCGGCGGCGGCUCUUCCGGCUCUUCGCGUCCUGCCGGGGGCUCCUCCUGGGCCGGCUCCAUGCGGGCCCCUGCGCGCUUGCUUGUCGGAUGCCGCCGUGGAGGGGGCAGGAGCCAUCAUGGAGGGCUGUGAUGGAGGCCGGGUUGUGUGUCCACACGUGCCUUUGGCUGCUCCCAGCCUGGAUCCCUUUGCUGCUGCUGCUGCUGCCGCUGCCCAGCAGACUUGCCUAUGGGGCAGGACUGCCGCCUGGGGUGGAGCCCUGUGGGGGGGCAGCCCCUUGCCCCGGGCAGCUGACGUGGGCCGUGCACCUGGCUGUGCCCAAGAGCGCCACUCCCUCGGAGGAGCAGCUGGACCGGCAAGCAGACCAACUGGCCCAGGAGGCUGGCCUGGUGAACCUGGGCCGGAUCGGGGAGCUCCGGGGCCAUUACCUCUUUGGCUACCGGCCAGCAGGCCGUGAGGAGCCGGGCCUGGCGGCCAUCCAGCACUCGGCCGCGGCCGUCUUUGCCCAGCACGACAGUGUGAGGUGGCACGCCCAGCAGCGGCUGCUGAAGCGCUCCAAGCGCGGCCUGCACUUCAACGACCCCAAGUUCCCGCAGCAGUGGCACCUGAACAACGACAAGAGCCCCGGGAUGGACAUCAACGUGACGGGCGUGUGGGAGAGAAACGUGACGGGCCGGGGCGUGACGGUGGUGGUGGUGGACGAUGGCGUGGAGCACACCAUCCAAGACAUCCAGCCCAACUACAGCCCUGAAGGCAGCUACGACUUGAACUCCAACGACCCUGACCCCAUGCCCCACGCAGACGAGGAAGACGGCAACCACCAUGGGACCCGCUGUGCUGGUGAAAUCGCGGCCGUUUCCAACAACAGUAUCUGUGCCGUUGGAGUUGCCUACGGGAGCCGGAUCGCAGGGAUCCGUGUGCUGGACGGGCCGCUCACUGACAGCAUGGAGGCCGUUGCCUUCAACAAGCACUACCAGAUCAAUGACAUCUACAGCUGCAGCUGGGGUCCAGAUGACGAUGGCAAAACUGUGGACGGUCCUCAUCAGCUUGGCAAGGCCGCCUUGCAGCAUGGUGUGAUUGCCGGCCGCCGAGGCUUUGGCAGCAUCUUUGUGGUGGCCAGUGGCAACGGAGGGCAGCACAGCGACAACUGCAACUAUGACGGCUACGCCAACUCCAUCUACACAGUCACCAUCGGCGCAGUGGACGAGAUGGGCUCCAUGCCCUUCUAUGCGGAGGAGUGCGCCUCCAUGCUGGCGGUGACCUUCAGUGGGGGAGACAAGCUGAUGAGGAGCAUUGCAACCACUGACUGGGAUUUGCACAGGGCAACGGGGUGCACAGAAGGCCACACGGGCACCUCGGCCGCGGCCCCCCUGGCAGCCGGCAUGAUCGCCCUCAUGCUGCAGGCCCGCCCCUGCCUCACCUGGCGGGACGUCCAGCACAUCAUCGUCUUCACGGCCACGAAGUACGAAGACCACCGGGCCAGCUGGGACACCAACCAGGCCGGACUCAGCCACAGCCACCAGCACGGCUUUGGCUUGCUCAACGCCUGGAGGCUGGUCAACGCGGCCAAGGUCUGGGAGUCCGUCCCCUACUUGGCCUCCUACGUCAGCCCCACUUUGAGGGAGAGCCAAGCCAUCCCUCUGGAGCCCCAGCAGCUGGAAGUCUCCUGGAAUGUCACAGAAGCUGACCUGGGGCUGUCGGGCAUGCGCACCCUGGAGCACGUGGCCGUGACAGUCACCAUCAGCCACCCUCGACGCGGCAACCUGGAGAUCCGCCUCCUCUGCCCCAGCGGCAUGGAGUCCGUGAUCGGGACCGCGCGCAGCAUGGACUCAGAUCCCAACGGCUUUGUGGACUGGACCUUCUCCACGGUGCGCUGUUGGGGUGAGGCGGCCCAGGGCACCUACCGCCUCGUGGUCCGUGAUGUGGGGGACGAGCUGCUGCGAGGAGGAGGAGUGCUGGAGCAGUGGCAGCUGACGCUCUACGGCUCCUCGUGGGCCCCGGCCGAGAUCCAGGCGCGGCAGAGGCUGCUGGAGGAGGCCAUGAGCGGCCGGUUCUUGGACAGCAGCUUCUCCUUGCCUUGCCCGCCCGGCCUGCAGAUCUCGGAGCAGGAGCCCUACACCAUCAGCACCAACACCCUCAAGACCCUGAUGCUCUUGGGCUGCUUUGCCGUCUUCUGGACCAUCUACUACAUGCUGGAGGUGUUUCUGACCCGCCGCCACCUGGCCUUUGACCUGGCAGCCUGCAGCGGCGCCAGCGGCUGCCCCUGGUCCUUGCAAGGCAGGACGGCUGCAAGCCUGGAGGACGGGACCCAGAGGGAGGAGGCCAUCCCCCUCUACGGGGGCAAGGACGGGGAGCUGGAGGUCGAGCCCCUCCUGCCCAGCGUGGGGGGCCAGGAGGACGAGGAGGAGGAGCAGGGCCGCCUGGCCUUGGGCAGGGAGCGCUGCCUCACCCAGGGCUUGCUGAGUGCUGACCGAGAGCCCCAGGGGUGCUGACCGGACUGGAGCCCACCUCCUCCGCUCCGAGGAGAGGCGGGGCCGAGGCGAGCGCCGUGUCCGAAGGCCCGGCUGGCUCCUGGGUGCAGCUGGGUGCGCUGGCCACCCUCCUCCCUCCAGUCCCGCCGGAGCCGCAGAACUGCUGGGACGUCUCUGCAGAGCCUCUCCUGGGGGCUGCCCCCCCCCCCAGCCGCUGCUGGCCAUCACCGAGGCUGGGCUGGAGGCGCCCCCUUCUCGCCUUUGAGGAGCGGGCAGGGCCCUGUCUUGCUGCCUUCUGUUGCUGCCGGCUGGGGAAUCCGCUGCUCAGCGGCCGGCCGCAGCUGCCUGGCCUGUCUUCUGCCUUUGCCCGCCUGCCUGCCCCGCCACUGAGGAAGGGCAAAGGGGGGAGGGCUCCUGGGCCUGCCCCAUGGCUGCAAUGCCCUCGCCUCCGCCGUACGCCUGAGGGGGCCGGGCCCGGAGGAGGGCAGUGGGGCACCUUCCCUCAGGAGCUCCGCGCGGAGCAGUGCUUGGCUGGCAGCCCCCGCAUGAGCUGCUCCCCUGCUUGCCCGGGGCGACCCACCGCUGUGAGGAGGCGGCCGCAGCUGGGGGUUCCUGCAGGGGCCUUGGCUGCCUCUCCCCAAGUCUUCACCCUGCCUGGGUUCUGUCUGUUCGUUCUUUUCUAAACAGCAGAAUUUGUCUUUGCAGCUUUCCAGAAUAAACGAAUUAAAGCCCAA